CACACAUUGCCCUAUCACCCUGCAUGUGAGGAACUGAGUGUCUACGAUCAGGAGUGAGUCACCUGAGUCAAGAGCUUGAACUGUGUGGGCUUCCUGCACAGGGCAGCCAUUUUACAGAGGGUGACAGGUCCUUCAUAUAUAUAACCUCUACCUGACAAGAGUGCAACUGCGGUCAAAGUGGUAAGAGAAGUUUUUGGUUUUUGUAUUAUUGUAGUUUUGAUAUCUUUGUUACUGCCAGAAUGUGCUGUGACAGCUUCACGGCUGCUGCUGCUGUGCAUUAGGAGCUUGAGCAGCAGCUUGCUGUGAGUCACAGCAGCUUAACCUCUUCUGUUAUUAGUCAAGCUGUGUUACAAACCUGGAAAGGUCCAGUGAUAAAGGAAGCUGUAGUUACAUUGUGUUCCCCCUCUGAGUUUUUUCCAAUAGAGUAGGGGGUCUGCUUUACUUCUAAGGCUGAACAACAACUUUAUCACUGUAUUGAUUUACAUUGUUUCGGAGAGAUUGACACAUACAACAUAAAACCUACCGAAUAUUACUCUCAAUCCUUUUGUAACCAACCAGCUGUUUGAAAAACUUCAUACACUUUACUCUAAAUUCAUCUUUAGGCAGACCCUUGAAGCUUAAACCAGCCCAUGACCAAUCUCUGUACCCAUCAGCAAUUAUCAUCCAUUAUCACCUGUGAGGGAAGAGUGAUCAAUAUGCCCUUGAGAACACACGCCAACUUUUAAGUAGUUGAGCAUUUUUACAUUUCCGUGAACUAUGGAGGCAUUAAGAGGAAACUAAGAACAUCUUGGCCAUGUUUCCCAGCACUAUGACAGUGUGUCUGAUUUUGUCCUCAGAACAGACUGUUCUCCCUGCCCACACCAAACCUGCAAAUACACCACUGCCUAAUUCUACCCAGACUACAAACACAAACCCGAUUAUUUCCCAUGCUGAAAAUCCAGACCUCACACAAAGAUUCUGUGUUUUUUACACAGAAUCUAUAAACAGAGAUUUUAUUUUCUAAAAGUUUUUUUUGAAGUCUUGAAUGACGAUUUCCUUGUGAUGAUGAUGAUGUGAGUCAGAAACAAAAGGAUCAGUUUAGGCAGCUAUAACUUACAUAUUUAAAUGUAUUAUUUAUGUUAAACUAUAGGCUAACUCAUAGGCCCAUUUCAGACUGGUUCUACAAACGAUCUGUGUAUCUAAAUACACUCUGUGUGUGAGUUACUUUUAAUCAACCUGGUAUAGAACUGAAAGGUUAUUUUAAUGUAAGGUCUUUUUUAACAAGGAUGUACCUGAUGAUGUCUUAUGUACUGAUGAAUCAAAUGUUCCAUCAAUCAAUAUAUACCAAGAGUGAGUGACUGAACUUAAUCCACAGUAAAUAAGUAUUUAUGCCUGGUUUAAAUGGAUUAAUAGGUCAUAAUUCUCAUACUGUUGAAUUUCCUGAACCUCUGCAGAAUAAUGUCCUCCAGCUUCUUGUUAUGGUUUUGAUUCACUCUCCUCUCAUCAACUGUUUCACCUGUUUACCGUGGAAAAGCACUGAGUGCUACCUGAGGAGGAUCACAGCUUAGCUAAUGAAUAAGGUGUUGCAUUUAGUUUCUAGAGUCAGAUAUCUCCCUUAGUGCUGGUGUUGAAAGAAAACACAGCUGAAAGAAGAGUGCAGAAGACUUCACCAUAAUAAGACUGACACAAAUAUGACUCCAAAUAAUAAAUGCUACUUUUGCUCUGUAUACCUCAGGUGUGUUGAUGUCAAUUAAAAGAGAGAAAGAGGUAUUUUUAAACCGAGCUGAUUAUUGCACUUUUUAUUCAACAAUGUUUUCAUGUAAUAGAACGAUGAAUACAUAACAUUUUCUCUACUGUAUAAGAUUUAUGGAAGUUUGAAACUCAUAAUCAGGGACAUUUGUGCAGUCAGAGUUAUUUUCUUUAUAUGACCACAAGAACUUUAUAGUAUUAUCAAUUCUAAGACUGAAUAUGGGGCUGAAUCCCAGAUCCAAAGUACACUGAAGGCCUCUGAAAUGCUGUCCAUUUAGCAUUUAUCCUUGUAUGCUUUUUAAGCAUGACUAAUAAUGGUAGCUUUCCCCCCACAGUUCCUCCCUCUCUAUAGGGACGUAGGAACUGAGUGAUCACUUCUUUCUCAAUGACUCAACAGAAUCCCUCUGCAGCAUGAAAAGCUGGAGCAGGACACUCGAGAGUCAAGAGGCUGACAGCGUGGUCGGGUCCUCCUCCAGCAAGAGGAACUCCAACAGUGAUCCACCAGCCCCUGUGUGGGUGACUCACACACCCACACCGGAUAAUAACACAGAUGAGGACGACGAUGACGGUACUACCUCUGCCAGCUCACCUGAUGCAGAGAAAGAGAAAAAAGGGACCAUGAAGGACAGGCUGAAGUCUCUCCUCCCUCAGUCUUGGAGGGGUUCAAAUCAUAACAGGACUCCAGAUAGAGACAGUUUAAAUGACUCUGAAGGCAGCACCAGAGGGAUUAAGAUCCUUCCUAAUGGGACAAGGGUGAGCCCCCCUGUAAGCCCCUUGGUGGGGCGUAAAAACUGGUCUGAGUCACUUGGCAGCUCCAGCCACAGCUCUCAUAAACCUCUGCUUCGGGAGAGUCCCUCUGAUGAUCUGUUCAAUAAGGACUAUCCAGAGGAAUCCCUCCUCACCAGCAUCCACCCUGCAGAGUACUACGCUGAAAAACUGGAGGUCUACAACCAGAAGUACUCUUACUUAAAAUCUUGGCCAGGGCUGCUCAGACUCCAAGCUGGACUUGAGCUGCUAUUUGGUGGCAUGGCGUUAGCCUGUGUCAUCUCCUACAUUCACAAAGACAGUGAGUGGUCCAACACCUAUGGACACAACAGUGGUGCGUACAACUACGGGAUGGGCAUGUCUGGGUACAGCUACUCAGGCCCAAUGACUCCCUUUAUUGUAGCAGUGGUUGGGAUCUGUUGGAUUUUAACUUUCAUUCUCCUUUCAAUGGGUAUGACUAUGUAUUACCGCACCAUCCUACUGGACGCCCCCUGGUGGCCGCUGACAGAGGCCUUCAUCAACAUGACCAUGUUUCUACUCUACAUGGCAGCCGGGAUCGUCUACGUGAACGACUUGAACCGCGGGGGCCUGUGCUACAUGACGAUAGGUGUUAACCCCAUUAUGGCUAAUCUGUGCCGAGUUGAAGGGGGCCAGAUGGCGGGGACAGCUUUCAUCUUCAUCAACAUGGCCAUGUAUCUGGGAAGUUUCCUGGUGUGUCUGAAGAUGUGGAGGCAUGAGGCGACGCGAAGGGAGAGGGAGUACUUUGAGAACCAGGUAAGAAUCCAUCAGUGAAACUUGACUGUGAGGAGUUUGUUUCAGGUUGUAAAAAGAUUUUGACAUUAAGACCGGCGUGGCCUUCAGAAGCAACACAAUGGCAGAUUUUUUUUUUUUUUUUUGGUCAUUUUGUUAUUUUGAAUUCCCAGAACCACCAUCUUAGGGUACAUUUGGGAAAAAGUGUUCAACAGCAUACUGAUUAAACACCCUCUGACAUUUUUUGCUCUCAACUAAAGCACAACUGGAUGAGUGUGGAUUUUUUGUGUCGGUUUUAUUGAAAAAAAAAAAAAAACAGACUAAAACAUGCACAGGAUAAAAUCUACAAAAAAGAUAAGAUGUACCAUUUUGUCCACAGGGAGCACCAAAAUCUACAAAAACAGAAAAUUUCUCUACAGGGACUUUCAGAUGAGAGACAAGCGUAUGCCAUCUGAAUUCAGAGUGGGACAGAAAUAUUUCUCAUAAAAAUAAUCUUAGCUGUGUAAAACUACAUGUGGGAAUUGCUGCUAAAUGAUACACGGCCCCAAAGAGCUAGAAAGUCUUUGCAAGUCAUUUACCUUUCGUUCAAUUCUUCUGCAAAUAUAAGGUUGGGGAAAUCCUUUUACUCUGUCUGAGCUCCUUUGUCAUACACACUCAUCUUCUCUUUCCCUUUCACUUUUCUCAGGAGUCAAACAUGAGACAUGAUAAGGCAAAUUAAAAAACGGCUUCUCUCUGUUUUUGAGGUGAUAAAGGUACGAGAGACAUAUUAAAUGCCACAGUUUGGGAGACUUUAGCUGAUUACAAAUGAACUAACAAAAGCUCCACAACAGCAUCAGCAGAUCAGAUGGGAUAAAUAGUUAUCUUAUCAAUCUGUAUUAAUCAAAUUAUUUGUUUUCCUUUUUUGGAAAAAAUGUGUGAAAGGUGCAUGCAUUCUCAAUUUGCUUCUACACACCAUGCAUAUAAAUUUAUUUAAAUUAGUUGAUAACACCAAGUAGAGAGUCCACCAAUGCGUGUAUGAGUGCGCCAAAACAAGAUUAUAAAAUGAUAUCUUGAUCUGUGAUCUCAACCUCUGCCGUUAAAGACAAACAUGUGACAAUUGAUGACAAAAGACAAAGUUAUGUUCACAAAUUUGGGGAGACAAGGUGGCCUGAGUUGUUCUGCAAGAAAAGUAAAAAUGAUUUUAACCACAACAGAGACGUACAAACAAUAAUAUACUGUAGAGCUUUUAGCCUAACCCAUAUGCUGUGGCACAAGCUUUAUAAAUUGUGAUCAUUUGCUGGGUUGAUAGACCAGUUUCAAUAGCUCUGUAAGGCUGCCUGAGCCUGCAAUGUUUAACUCAUAAUAGUGUCUGGUUGUUGUUGUUUUUUUUUUUCAAUCUUGAUAGAUUUUUCCUCUGACUGUUGCUUUUGUCAUCUUUUUUGUUUUUAUUUUUAUUUUCCUUUUUUUUGAAUGUCUUAAAUUUUGUUUUCUGUUCUCUCAGGAAGCUUCUUGUCAUGUUGAUACAGACAUUAAAGCUCCUGUGAGGACUUUUUUUAUGUUUAUGAAAUAGACUGAAAUUCUUAUUGAUGCCAUUUUAUGAUUUAUAAAAGCAAACAACAACAACAACAGAAACAAGAUUAAUUACUUUUAUGUUGUAAUUUUUUAAUACCUGAAAUGUGUGGGAGGGGGUAGAUGCCACCCAAGCAGCUAAAGAAAAAGCCCUGAUUUUACAGUAUUCAUAUGAAAUAUCCACAAUAAAUGAUCUGACUAUCAAAAGUCAGAAUGAUCAGGGUUUUUUGCGUGAAAUGACACCACUUAAGCAUACAGAGGACAGGAUCAACAAAGAUUGUUGUGGCCACAGGAAGAACCAAAACUGACUAAAAGUUUCUCACAGGAGCUUUAAGUAUAUUACAUAUAGGUACCCCAGUGAAGGUUUCUCCCUUUUAUCUUUCAGGAGCUUCACCAGUCCAUCCCUCUCACCCUCCCAAAAACAAAGCGUAUAUCAUUUAAGGACGAAAUGGAUAACUCUCCGAAUAAAGAUAAAUCUAUGUUCAACCCCAACAUCCAAAAAACACCAGUCAGUCUGAGCAGAGCAGCAGCAUCUGAAUACACACCUAAAGUGCAUGUCAUGGCUGACUACAUCAUGUGAGUACACAUUUUUACUGUCGGUAAAAAUGUUCAGUUUGUCGUCACUAUCUCGAGUUAAUUUUCCCUAAAAUUCGUCCCAUAGAAAAUAUCCAGAGAUCAGGAGUGUGGAAGAAAGGGAGGAGUACAAAGCAGUUUUCAAUGACCAGUACCAGGAAUACAAGGACCUCUACAGAGACGUCAGCACCACCCUCAAUAAGUUCAGAGAGCUGGACGCCAUGAUGGAAAAACUACUCAGAGAUGGAAAAAGCCGAGAGGUGAGAUAGAAGAAAACAAACCUUUAUUGAAACCCCUUUAUAAAGACACUUUCUCUGUGUUAGUAAUUUCAGUUAAUAAGAAAAUAAUCAAGACUCAUUAUAGUAUUGAUGUCAUUGAUUAUCUUUUUUCAUAGUGUGACACUGGCUGAAAGUUGUUUUUUGUUGUAUUUUUGUCUAAACCCUUUGGUUAUUUUUCUCUCAGAACCAGCAGAGGAUUCAGACCAUUCUGAUGACAUUUCAGCAGAAGAAGGAUGUAAGUUUUGUGAAAGAGUGUUUUCCUGUUCAAAAUGAGUUCAGAAUACAUAAAAAGAAAAUCAUUUCAAAGUAGUUUUAGAGUUUCAAUCGUUUUUUAACAACUGUACAGUAUAAAUUUUUCUUCAAAAAAAUGUCCACUAAUGCAUGUCAUGUACCUCCGUCAUAAAAUGUGAUAAACGCUGUGUUACAAAAUAAUUUAGACAACAUGUCAGUAAACAGAAGGAGAUAUAACAGAAAAAAGUGACCAGAAAAAAAGUGAAGAUUCAUGGAGACUUAUGUAGGCUGCAGACAGUAUUUUGUUUGUAAUCUUAUAUGUUCAUGUUUUUACAGGACCCUGCUUUCCUGGAGAAAAAGGAGUGCUGUGAUUAUUUAAAAGCUAAAUUAAGCCACAUCAAAAACAGAAUCCGCACCUUUGACCAGGAAACCACGAGAAAUGCUUGAGGAUGAAGAGAAUAAUUACCUGCACUAAAAGAUAAACAAAUACAAGAAAGAAAAAAAAGAUUUUUUUUCUUUUGUGUUUUGCUGCUUCAGUUUGUUGAAAGCUUUAAAUGAUUUUAUUUUGAACCAAAAUAUAGUUAUUCUAAAUUAACAGAAAAAGUUUGUAUUUUGUACAAGCCUUAAUACCUGUAUCGAAAUUAUAUGAAACCUGAUUUAUACAACUUUUGCUCUGACAAUACAACAGAAAAAGGACUAAAUGGUGUACUCUUUUUAUCUUAUCAGUCCAUAUAUUUGUCUGGAUUAUGACUUUUGCCAGUGAUUUUGAUUAUCUUUAACAUUUUCAAUUUUUCUUUUUUUACUUAAAAUGUAUUUUAUUUUGUUUUAUGCCUCAGCCUGUUUUUGAUUGGAUCAUCUGUUCUUAUUUUAAAUAUAAAAAGGGACGGGACUUUUUAAGUUGUUUACUUCAUCCCACGCCCUUUUUGUUAUGUCAGUUUUUACAGUAAGUAUGUUGUAAUUGCUUGCUUUUAUACUUUUUUAUCUCUAUUUGUCUUAUAGUUACUUAAUUAAAUAAAAUAAAAUGGCAUCUGUGUUCAAGAGAGAAAUGGACCUAUCAGAGGUGUUCUCAGUAAGUGUGUAACACGGCUAUCUAUCACAUAUACCACUUAACAGAAUGAUACAAAAUAAAUACAGACAAACACGCUCGCCAGUCAGCACUGUAUGUCUCCUAAACCACUAUCUGACAUUUUAUCAUUAAACAUAUUUAACUGCACACUUUAAAGGAAUAUCUAAACUGAUUUUGUAUGCAAUUUAACUAUAAGCCAGACUAUAAAUCAAACUUAACACAGUUUUAAGCCGCACAAUAAUUUUCACCCAGUAUGUGAAAAUAUAUGUCUAAAGCAUGUAAGAAUCAGUUCAUUAGUUGACUGCUCAAGGACGACUAGAGAAGUCUUCAGGUCUCAGACAGACCUUUUUUAUGGUCACAGGUAGAGUAAUACAGCGCUGGACUCAGAGUGACAGAGCUCGUAGGAUUUCUGUCACAACGAGUGCCCAUUUCUGGGUAUACUUCAUAACUAUCUUCUUGGGCAGGAGUUGGACUUAAACCCAACUGAGUCUCAUUAGCCAGUUAUCUCCAAUGCUAAUAGGCCAACCACUGCUCACGUGAUCUUACUAAAAUGUGCGAUAAAAUAUAUGUGUGUGUGUUGACCUUGAGG